AUGGCUGUUGGAAAGAACAAGAGGCUCUCCAAGGGCAAGAAGGGUCUCAAGAAGAAGACCGUCGACCCCUUCUCCCGCAAGGACUGGUACUCGAUCAAGGCUCCCAGCCCCUUCAAUGUGCGAGAUGUCGGCAAGACUCUCGUCAACCGUACCACCGGUCUGAAGAACGCGAACGACGCCCUCAAGGGCCGCAUCGUCGAGGUCUCGUUGGCCGAUCUGCAGAAGGAUGAGGACCACGCGUUCCGCAAGGUCCGCCUUCGCGUGGAUGAGGUGCAGGGCAAGAACUGCCUCACCAACUUCCACGGGCUCGAUUUCACCUCCGACAAGCUGCGAUCUCUUGUGCGCAAGUGGCAGACCCUGAUUGAGGCCAACGUCACCGUCAAGACCACCGAUGACUACCUCAUUCGUCUCUUCGCCAUUGCCUUCACCAAGCGGCGACCCAAUCAGAUCAAGAAGACAACGUACGCGGCGUCUUCGCAGAUCCGGGCUAUCCGGCGCAAGAUGACCGACAUCAUCCAGCGCGAGGCGUCCAGCUGCACCCUCACCCAGCUCACCUCCAAGCUCAUCCCCGAGGUCAUCGGCCGCGAGAUUGAGAAGUCGACCCAGGGCAUCUACCCUCUGCAGAAUGUGCACAUCCGAAAGGUCAAGCUGCUCAAGGCACCCAAGUUCGACCUCGGUGCCCUGAUGGCGCUUCAUGGAGAGUCGGGGACGGAUGACCAGGGCCAGAAGGUUGAGAGAGAGUUCAAGGAGCGAGUCUUGGAGCAGGUUUAA